GCCCUGUGAAAUGGGCAAACUGUUAGCAGGCUGUUAGUGUAUAUGUAAUCGCAAAAGUAAUGAGUUGAUUGUUUUUGUUAUUUUUGUUUGACAGACGCGUGUUAUUGCUCCUGUGCUGAUCAUUGGAAUUUAAAUUAUUAAACACUCAAGCUGCCGCGCAGUAACAAUUGUAUUAUCAACUGUAAAUACUCAAGUUAUAAGACUGUGAAAAAACAACAAAAAUUACGCGCAACCAAAACCAGCUACGGCUGCAUCAUGGAGCCCACAGCUGCCGGCAAUUUGCUGGAGAUAAUGGAUCUGGCGCGUACUCUGCGUCAGGAGCAGCUCUUCAUACAGCACGAGCAGGCGACAUUUGCCCAGCUGACUGGCGCACUGGAGACCAAUGCGGCGACCAUCACAAAGUUGGCUUAUAUAUGCGCACAACAAAGACAGAACCUGCACGAUCUGCUGCUGGCCAGAACGGAUCAUGAUCCAUUUGCCUGCUGUCGACGUGCCAGCGCCUAUGAAAAUGCUCCCUUCAUGGAUGCCAAACAAGUGCUGCCCUAUGAGCACGCGCUGGCGUAUGAGGAUCUCUUCAAUUAUCUAUACAACGCGCCCUAUUUGCUGGCGCUGUCGCUCUCGACGGCGGAUCGACUGUCGCUGCUGGCGCCGACACAGCUGAGCCAGAUAGUGAACACCAUAGCGAGCGGUCUGUAUGGCAAUGCAAUCAACACCAAGGACGUGGAGCUGCUGCUGAAGCUGCUGCGCGAACUGAUUGAGAUGCAGGUGCUGCCGAGCGAGCAGCCGCGUCGCCUGCUGCGGAACAAUGGCAGCGCCUUUGCGCGCUUGUACCAGCGGCUGGUGGAGUCGCUAUUCUCGGCGAGAAUCUUUCUGACGGCGGCACUGCAUGCGCCACUGAUGGCGGUGCUGAGCGAGCACGAGGCGCUGCUCGAUGUGGAUCCGCACAAGCUGCUGCAAAGCUUUACGCCGCGGGAGCGACAGCGACGCUUUGGCGAGGACACAGACAGCGCCAGCUAUCAAUGCAAGCUGGCGCACUUUCAUGCCGAAACGCUGGGCAAGCUGCACGCCCAUGUGCAGUCCUUUGUGCGCAGUCUGCAGCAGAGCUGGGCGCUGUUCCCAAGCUCGCUGCGUUGGCUGGUGCAGACGCUGGCGCAGCAGCUGCGGCAGACGCAGCGGCAUACGGAGCAUGAGAUAGCGCAGCUGCUGGCGGAUCUGGUCUUCACGCACUUCAUAUGCCCAGCUAUAGCCAGUGCGGAUCUCUUGGGCAUCAUCGAUGUCAAUGUCAGCGAGCAAAUGCGUCAUAAUCUCAAUCAGAUAGUGCAGCUGCUGCAGCGCUUGGCGCUGAGCGAUGAGGACAGCGAGCUGCAGCGUCUGAUGGAGCUGCUGCUGCUGGGACAAAUGGGCGAGGAUGUGGUGGCCAUUCUGCCGCAGCAGAGCGACUUUGAGCGCGCCCAGCUGGCGAUCAAUCAACGCGAGCUGCAGCAGUUUGCCGAAUUCUUUCGCCUGCUGAUGGCGCGCGAGGAGUUUGCGCUCAAUGCGGAGCAGCGUGCGCGACUGCAGCGCAUACUGUCGCGUCUGCCCAAGGCGCAGCCACAGGAGCAGAGCACGCCAGCAGCCAGUCCAGAGAAGCAAUUAGAGUUGACUGCUAGCAAUGGCAAGCGCGCCAACAAAGCGCUCGCGCGUCUGGGCAAGGCCACCAAGAAGAAGCUAGCCAAGGGCAUGAGCUUCAGCAGCAGCAGCAAUAGCAAUGGAGCAGCUGCUGCUGCUGCUGCGGCGCCAGUUGUUACCUUGGAGCCGCCGCCAGCCUCCAAUGGCAAUGGCGAUGCUGAGCAAUGCUGCUCCUCGCACAGCGGCAGCAACACAAGCCUCAGCAGCUGCGGCAACGCUGCUGCGCCAGCCGAAGCAGUCGUGGAUUCCAGCCCAGUGGCCGAGGAGCUGGUGCUCAUGUUUAGUUUGUACAAUGCUGCGGCCAAGAGCAAGCUGAAGCCGCUGACCGAGCAGGAUCUGCUGAAGAUGAACUGCAUUGGGCCGGCGCAAAUAACGCCGGAGGUAGCUGGCGCGGCUGCCUCGGUGGCCGCCAGCUGCUCGCAGGCAGAUGAUGCCAGCAGCUUGGAGGCAAUGCGUCGUCCACACGACGAUGCCUCCAUUGGCAAUUCGGAUAAUCUGGAGGCCAUCAGCGAGGCAGCGCAUUCGGUGAAUCAUUCGGUAGCCAGCUCGCUGGAUCUGGAGGAGCAGCAGCUGCGUGACCAGCAGGAGGAUCAGGAGGAGAACGAUGACAAUCUCUCCGACAUGGUGUCGGCUAAUGUUUCGGGGCGUGGCACGCCCAACAUAAGCGGACGCGAUACGCCCUCGUCGCAGGUAACCGAUGGCGAUGGCGCCGCUGGCGACUUGGCGCAUCAUCAUGGCGCACGCCCCAAUCCGCAAAUGCAGAAAAUGCUGCUGAGCAAGGCGCGCUCCGAUAUCGAGGACAAGUUCUGCAAGUUCGAGCUGAAGAAGCUCGAGGGCGACGAGAACGUGAGCAUCAUAUCGGACACCUGGUCGACGGAUGUGCUCGCCUCGGAUUCGGAGAACACACUGGACGCCAGCAGCGAGCAGCGGCAGCGCGAACGCGACAGAGAACGCGAGCGGGAUCGGGAGCGCAACUUUGCCACGCCCCUCAUCCCAAGCGCCGUCGUGCUGCCCGGCGAUAAUAAUAAUUUUGUGGUCGAGGCUUUGGCGCGAGCAGCGCGUCCCGCUGCAGCGCUGGAUGCCAGCUCGGAUCAGCGCUCCGAGUCCAACUGGAGCACCGAUGUGCUGGCCAGCGACUCGGAGAAGCUGGCCGAGAUCGAUACGGAUGACAAUGUGAGCAUAACCAACAAGUCGGACAUUGCAGUGCUGCUGGCGCCGCCGGCGGAUGCGCUCGAGGAUGGCGAACAGACGCCAGGCAGCAGCGGCGACGGCGAUGGUGAUGGCGAUGUGGAGCGCAUGCGCGUGCGGGAUGCCAAUGGCAAUGCCAGCGCCAGUGAGCGCAGCCAGGAGGACUCUGCGUUCUUCGAUGCCGUCAAUUCCUACGAUGAUGCACAUCAUCUCUACCAGGCGGCCAGCUCGCUGGCACGCAGCUCCGUGCCCACCAGCUACCAUGGACUGGGCGACAGCAGCUUCCAGCAGCAGUACAAGUGCAGCGGGGCGGAGGGCAGGAAGAGCACCCCGCUCAUGGGCACCGCCUGCAUGCGACGCCAGACCUCAGCGGAGAGCAGCAUAUCCAAUCAGAGUUUGAAUCUGGAGGAGCCACGCGCCGAGUCGCAUCAUCAUCAUCAUCAUCACAAGAAGAAGAAGCAGCAGCAGCAGCAGCAACAAGCGUUGGCAGCCCAAAGAGAUUUGAUCGAUUUCAGCGACUGCAGCGGCGAGGCGGAGGAUAAGGAGCAGCCCAGCUUGGUGCAGCAGCUGCUGGACAAGCUGAGCGAGGAGCAGCGCACUGUGGGUGGAGCAGCCGCAGUGGCGGACGAUGUGCAGCAUCGUCGCAUCUCAAUGGAGCAGCGCACGGCCAGCGUCGACGGCAGACGCAAUGGCAUCUUGGCCGCCGCCGGCAGCAAUCAGAGCCGACGCCAUCAGAGUCUCAACUAUGAGAAUCAUGAGAUUAUGCUGCAGUGCGUGCAACCCAAAACGGACGAUGACAAGCAGCAGGAGCGGGAGCGCGAGCGUGAGCUGCAGCUGCUUUGCAAUCAGACGCAGGAGCAGCUGCAGCUGCAUGAGCUGAAGCCAAGCUGCAGCAAAGCCACAGGCGCCAUACCAAAGAGCAUUAGCUUCGAUGCCAGUGCGGACAAGGAGAAGGCGGCGCAACGCUCGACGCGUGGCCAGCAGCAGCAGCGCGAGCAAAGCGCUGGCAUUUUGAAUAAACUCAGGCAGGGCAUUUUCAAGACGCGACGCAGCUCGAGCAAAGCAAGCAGCGCUGCCGUUGUCGCGCAGCAGCAGCAGCAACGUUUGUCCAGCGGCAGCGAGCAAAGUCGCAGCGUAAGCUUUGAGCCUGGCGCCGGCUGCGUCAGCUUUGGUGUGCACUACUGUGAUAGCAGCGAGGAUAUACUGGCCAAGUACAGACGCAAGGUAAGCAGCUCCAGCGAGGCAACGAACUCGGACUCGACAGGCAAUGGACACUGCAUAAAGCCAAAGCCAGCGGGCGCAGCUGCGGCAGCAGCAGCAGCAGGAGCAACGCAUAUCAAUGGCAAUGGCUUGCCGAGCGUUGCUUUUAGCAGCGUCAAGCAAAAACUGCGCACAGUGCUAUCGAAGACUGAUCUGCAUAGCGGCGACUUUCGCCAGACAACGGGACGCCUGGAUGCGCUUACUCCGCUGCAAACUUAUCUGCAAAUACAACUGGCGCAGUGCAUCAGUCUGCAGCGCCUGCCGCAGAUUUCGCAUGUCAGCGAAGCGCUGCGCUGUCUGGCGCAGCUGGAGCGGCCACAGCAUGGCCAGCUGCUGCUGGAGCUGCAGCACGACAUGCAGCGCCGGCAGAGCUAUCUGCAGUAUCUGCUCGUGCAUCGCCAGCAGCUGCUGCUACGUGCGGAGCAGCUGGAGCAACUGGAGGAGCGACUGCGUGGCGAAGCGCGCAGCUGUCAGCGCUGCCUGCUGCAGUCGCUGGUGCGUCUCUAUCUGGGACGCCAGCAGGCGCAGCUGCAGCAGUUCCAAGCCGAGUUUGCGCUGCUGAGCGUCAGCGAUGAGCGGCUCGAGCUCAUUGAGGAGUUUGUUGAAAGUUUGCUGAGCAAGCUGCGCGACUGCGGCGGCAUGCGCGACGAUUGGCAGCUGGAGACGGCGCGUGUUGCUGUCGAGCGUCUGCUGCUGGAGCAAAUGUAUGAGCAGGUUAUGUUUCCGCACGAGGAUGCGGACGUUUCACGCGAUGGCGUGCUCGGCGCGCACAUUGGCAAACUGCAGCGAGUUGUGCAUCCAGCGCAUCCGGCGCUCUGCAUUGCCCAAGAGUAUUUGGGCGAAGCGCCCUGGAGCUUUGCCCAGCAGCAGCUGUGCCACAUGGCAGCCUACAAAACACCACGCGAAAAGCUGCAGUGCAUCAUUAACUGCAUCUCCAGCAUUAUGAGUCUGCUGCGCAUGUCCAGCGGCCGCGUGCCCGCCGCCGACGAUCUGCUGCCCGUGCUCAUCUAUGUGGUCAUCAUGGCCAAUCCCCCCUAUUUGCUUUCCACCGUGGAGUACAUUAGCUGCUUUCUGGCCAAAAAACUGGACGGCGAGGACGAGUUCUAUUGGACGCUCUUCACCUCCGUUGUCAAGUUCAUCAAGACCAUGGACUAUCUAGACUAAGCUCUUCUAAUUUAGUCACUUUGUUUUGUUACCCCACCCCCCUCCCCAUUAGAAUUAGUUAUAGCAACUGCUAGCGACUAGUAUUUGUUUAGUCCUUAAGUAUUAAUCGAACAUCGAGUUAUCCUUUUGCCAAUUCACUUUCCGUUUAGUCUACGUUUUGUUUCUAAUUUAUAAUUGUACUUUUUUUUUGUGUUUAGAAGAAUAUAUUGUUAUGUCUAUUUAAUACUUACGAAUUGUAGAAAGAAAAAAAAAACAUAAACAAAACAAUUUGCGCAGCUUUUGCGCUGUGGCAACUAUUUUUCGAUGCAGGCAUUAGAAGUAUUUAUAAAUAAUCGUAUUUACUUGAUUAAUGCAUGCUACUUACACAUAUAUACAGAUAACUAUAUAUACAUACAUAUAUAAUAUACAUAAAUAUUUAUAUAUACACUAUUAUUUAGUUGUAAACAAUAGGCAUGUGCGAGAGACAUGCAAAUGAACUUAAUAUUCCUUAUUGUGUAA